AUGGCCGAGGACGCGGAGGACACGAAUCCCCCGCACCAGCAGGAGGAGGUAGGACAAUCGCCGGACGCGGGCUCGACAGACGGCUCUGAGAAGAGCGUGAAUAGCGUGGCGGUGGGAGAGGAGGAAGAGGAGGAAGAGCAGGAUACGCCGUCGUCGUCGCGGAUGUCGUCUGAGAUGUCGAAGGAGGACGCGUCGAAGAGUGGUAGUAGUAAAGAGGAGCAAGGCGAGCUUGCGGAGAAACUUGCGGCGCUGACGCUCGAGCAUGAAAAGGAGAAGAAGAAGAGUGAGGAGGAGAAGAAGGAGUUGCUGGCAAAAGUUGAGGCGGCGGAGAAGGCGAAGAGCGAGGCCGAGGUGCAGUAUAAGAACUUGCUCGGCAAGGUCUCACAUAUUCGAAGCACGCUCGGUGACCGAUUGAAGAGUGAUUCUGUGGAAAUUGCGCGACAAAAAACAAACAUCGAAUACCUCGAGCAGAAGAACAAGGCGCUUUCGGAGACAAUCACGACUCUGCAGCAAGAAGUCAUCACAGCAUCCGAGGAAGCCGAUAAGCUUUCCAAAGAACUCGCCGGAGUCCGGCAAAGCUCUCUUGCCUCUCAAGAUCUUCUCGCGCGCGAGCGCGACGAGCUCGUCGCUCGGGAGAAGAAGUUGCAGACGCAGCUUACGGAAGCGGAGCGCGCGGCUGAGGAUUGGAAGUUGAUUGCGCAGGAGGAGAAGACGAUGCGGAUAGCGACUGUUGAGCGAGCGGCGGAGUUGGAGGAGGAAUACCAGAGUCUGAAAAGCGAGCACGACACUGUUUUGAAGGAGCGCGACGAUAUGGCGAAUAACGUGAUCAGUCUACGGCAGGCGAUCGAGGUCAUGCAGGUUGAGCGGAAUAACGAGCUGCAUGACUUGGUUGAGAAAAUGCAGGCGCAGAUCGAUGCGCUUACGGAGGAGAAGGUUGCGUUGAGUGAGGAGGUGCAGGGUUUGAAGACGGAAAUCACGAGUACGAAGGAGGAUCUCGAGAGGAUGAGGCCGUUUGAGAAGGAAGUCAAGGAGAAGACAUUGCUGAUUGGUAAACUUCGACAUGAGGCUGUCAUUCUGAACGAGCAUCUGACAAAGGCCUUGAGACUCCUGAAAAAGGGCGAGCCAGACGAGAACGUCAACCGACAACUCAUCACAAACCUUCUCCUUUCGUUUCUUAGUCUACCCCGGAGCGACACGAAGCGGUUUGAAGUGCUGCAGCUUAUAGCAGCCUGUCUCUCGUGGAAUGACGAUCAAAAAGCAACAGCAGGCCUGAUACGGCCGGGCACGCAUCCGGGCAGUGCUGUACCCCAGUCUCCUCUUUCUCCAUAA